GCACUACAUAGCUUCACUGCGUACCCCCAGCUACAUCGACGCCGUCGACGACGUGCGCAGCUCACGACAUGCGUGUCCAGCUCCCUAGCCUUGCCCUCUCGCUUGCGUCCGUCCUCGCCUGGCAUGGUCUUCGCAAACGCUCCCUCUCCCCCUCUGGCGCCGCCGCUGCGUUCGUCGUCGGAUACACCAUGAUGUCUGUCCGCCUUUCGACGUUCGGUGUCGCACUCAUUGUUUUCUACCUAACGGGAUCGCGCGCGACGAAAUUUGGGAAAUCGGUCAAGAAGCAACUCGAGGAGGGGCACCAGGACGCAGGGUACAGGAACGCGAUGCAGGUGGUAUGCAACUCGCUCUCGGCAGCCAUCGCCGCACUUGGCUGGAGUGCGCUCUAUGACCCACACUCGUGGGUUGCGCAAGCCCUCCGUUCUUUGGGCUGGGACGCUGAACUCGGUCGACAUAAGGUGGAGUUCGACAUCACCUGAUGGUGUCCGCUCAUGCCACCGGUCGCGCCAUAUUGGAGCCGGGCUCUCAUCUUCGUGACGCUUGGGUGAGUUAUUCUUUCAGUAUUCACAGGACGAGAGCUGUACACAUCUUUCGCAUCUCUACUCGGAGGGCAGGCAUUUCGCGUGCUGUCUGGGAGACACGCUCGCAUCUGAGCUGGGCAUCUUGUCCCGCUCGCGGCCGAUCCUGAUUACGACCCUGAAGGCCUGAAGCCCGUACCUCCUGAGACGAACGGCGGGCUUUCGGUGGUGGGGACGUUGGCGUCGGUUGGAAGGUGCUCCUUAUGGGGUUGACGAUGGCCAUCACUCUGAUUGUACAGAGCACAUCGUGUCGCGCGCAAUGACAACAGGUCUUGUUCUCACUACUUGGCUUGGUGCGACACUCUGCUCUCUUCGGUCGCUACUGAUGUCUUUC